AUGGUAUUUCUGUUUGUGCCUGAACAGACUUUCGUCUACCUGGACCACAAUACCAUCCCCGCUGAGCUUAACAGGAUUAUCUGCGCACAUUUAACAAAAAAAUGUGCGCAGGCGAUCAAUUAUUUUCAUAACGACCUUCCUGUUAAGGUUCACCUCUAUCAUGAUCUGCACUUAAGUAUGGUUAUUAAAUCAUUUACAACCCAUCCUAAUGAUAUUGCUCAGGGGUGCACUGAAUUCACCAAGAAAUGCCUUGGCAUGGAUUGA